AGCAUAUCUCCUUGAUGUUGCCCUGCGCCACUGAGCAGUUUACAUACAGGAAUGAAUAGGCGCCAUUUUUGAAUCUGUUGUCCAUUAGACAGACCCUACUCGCCGCUCAGCUCGGAGAAAAAAGAAGUAUGGCUACCGAGAUGACAGCGCCUGCAACUCCUGCAGCUCCCGAACCAUACAAAUGGACUGAUGAGGACACGGUCGCUUUCGUGCGGUGGCGUGUUGCCCACAAUAAGACCUUCAGCGGAGGGAGAGCCACAAACGCGGCUGGAUACAAAGUGUUCCUAGAAGAGAGACGACUGCUGGGGAAGGUGACCGCCCCAUUCCUAAAAAGAAAAUGGGAAAACCUUAAACAGAAAUACAAGGAUCUUAAGAACACCCCGACUAGUGUAAGCACAGAGGGGGGUGAGACCACUGCUGCGUCCUGGAAAUGGUUUGAUCUCAUGCACGAGGCAAUUGGGGACAGGCCGUCUGUGACGCCACCUGUCCUUAUUGCCACGUGUGCCCAGGGCGCGGUGGUGUUCACAGCCCCCUCUAUAAGUACACCAGAAAGGGAUAUGAAGGUUGAGGCAGCAGAGGAGACUGCCUUGGGCAGUCCGACGCCCACAACCACCGGAACCUCCACAGCAUCCACCCCCAAAAGGCGGCGGAUGUACGUUGUGGAAGUGCUGCAAGAGCUGAAGAGCCAGGAUGAGCAGGACUGGAGGGCUUUGCAGGCCGAAGAGAGGGAGAGAGAGAAGAGGAGAGAGGCCGAACAGGCCAGGCAGGCGGCCGAGAGAGAGCAGAGAGAAGAGAGAAGGUACAGGGAGCUGUGUGAGAGGCAGGAGAGGUGCCACCAGGAGGCAGUGGCGAGAGAGGAAAGGUGGAGAGAGGAGAUGAGGGCGAGGGAUGAGAGGAGGGACCAGGAAGCUUCAGCCAGGGAAGACCGCUUCCUGGCAAUUCUGGAGAGGCUGGCUCCCAAAUGAACUUUUUUUAAAUAUUUAGUUUAUGUUCUUAAAUUAAUUUAUUUUGUUUGUUCUUAUCUUAUUUAAAAAUGGUUUUACUGUUCAGGUGUUGAAAUCAUUUAUGUUAUGUUCUUGUUGUUUUUGUUUUGAAUGUUUUAUAGUUUUUGAUAAAUAAAUCAAUGUUCAUACACAAGUGUUGAAAUUGACCAAAUUAUUUAAUUAAAUGUAAUCAUGGUCAGGAGCGUAACACAGCGCUGCCGUUCUAUUUCUCU